CCUACAUAAGCUGAUGAUAGUCACCAUGAUUCCCAGACUCAGGUAGGUAGGGCACCUAGGACCUAGGUAAUAUACGCUACUCUAUACCUUCCCAGUAAGCCAAUGCACUCUUACCAGCAUACAUUUACGUACCUUGCAUCAUCGCAACCGCGGGGAGAAUUGGGUAGCUACCUACCUAUACCUACAAGACACAUGCAAUUGUCGUCAGCUACGCCCUAAUAAUUACAAGCUAAGUACCUAGGUAUACUAGAAUGUAUAUGCUACCAAGGAUGACUAUAUUUACACGUGUAGAGAUAGUUAGAUCAGAUCACUCGUCAGGUAGCAGUAUCCCACACUACAUACUUACCUCCAACACACGUACCUCAAGAUCUCGCACCAUCACCUAACCUCACCAGCAGUCGCCAUGGCGCAAACCACAGCAGCUCCCCAACCCUCACCCCCAACCCCUCCAUCCCAAACCCACCACACCAUCGUCGCCCUCGAAACCUUCUUCGUCCCCAUCCCCCCCCUCACCCUGCCCCCAGGGCACACCUACACCCUCCACACGUACCCCACCACCACGCCCUCCCAAAUCGCCUCGCGCAUCCGCCCCGCCAGCAUCCUCAUCCUCUCCAUCGCCCCCUUGACCGCCGCCCUCCUCUCCCCCUCCGCAACCCCGCACCUCCAGCUCGUCGCCCUCGUCGCCUCCGGCACCGACAACGUCGACCUCGCCGCCUGCCGCGCCCGCCGCGUCGCCGUGUGCAACACCCCCGACGCCAACGCCGCAGCCGUCGCCGAGCACGCGCUCGCGCUGUACUUCGCGACGCGGCGGUCGCUCGUGCUCUCGCACAACCUGCUGGCGGCGGGGAGGUGGCCGGAGAGGCGGACGCUGCAGGGGGUGCUGGACGCGCCGGACGGGAGGCCGCCGCGCACGGCGAGGGGGGAGACGCUGGGGAUUGUUGGGUUUGGGGCGGUGGGGCGGUUGCUGGGGGAGAGCGCGGGGGCGCUGGGGAUGAGGGUUUUGGUUUCGGCGAGGAAGGGGGAGGCGGAGGGGAAGGAAGAUGGUGUUGAUAUACGCGAAGGCGGCCGCACGCCCUUCCGCACGCUCCUCCGCACCUGCUCCGUCAUCGCCCUCUGCCUGCCGCGCACGCCCGCGACGCUGAACCUAAUCUCCGCGCCCGAGCUCUCGCUGAUGCCGCCGCACGCGAUCCUGAUCAACAUCUCGCGGGGCGGGAUCGUGGACGAAGGGGCCGUGGUGGCGGCGCUGCGGGGGCGCCGGAUCGCGGGCUACGGCACCGACGUGUACGCGCUGGAGCCGGCGGGCCCGCACAAUAGCCCCCUGGUGGCGGCGGGACUGAGGGGGGAGGAGGAGCUGAAUCUGGUGACGACGCCGCAUGUGGCGUGGUGCGCGGAGGACACGGUGGCGAAUUUUCAUAAGAAGUUGAGGGAGAAUGUAAGGUGUUGGUUGGAGACGGGGAUGCCUAAGUAUCCUGUUGGGUGAGGAUGAGGGUGUGGAUGUAAGGGGGAUAUGAGAGGGCGUCAGGGGUCGGUGGGUUAGGUUAGGUUAGGUGCGUGUUUGGGGAUGGAGGCUCAUUGACGCGUAACUACCUACCUAGGGUUAGGUACCUAGGUAGGUAGGUAGCGGUGGGUUAUACGCCGUAGAUGAGCGGAAGAAAAAAGUAAAUAUUUCUGAGUACCAACCUAGGUAGCUAAAGAGCGUUACAAUCCUCCAAGUUUACCAUUUAUUGUUUAGGUCUUAGUUUGCUUGGUUGGUCGUUACUAUCGACGCUAAGGUGCAGUUCGUUAUUUCAAUCAGCCCAUGAACAUCUUCCGGGAAUGGAUAUCGAUUGGAAAGACUGAAGGCCUUCCCGAAUGACACGAGUGUUUGAUUGAUGCUUGUAUUCUAGAAAUUCUUUUUUUUCUUGAGAUAUUCGACGUCAGUAAUAGUUGACAAGCAUUGAAGCACCAACCUGUUAUUCAUCUGGUAGCUUUGGUUUAGGUGGAAUACAUCUACUCUCUCCAUAAAGGGGUAAAGCCUGUUAUGGUAUAGAAAAGAUUGCACGCCCAGCCCUACAGAAGUGGAAAAUCACCAACGAACUGACGAUUGCAUACGCGUUUCAUAAAUUAACAAUUAACAAACACGCAAAGGAAGCUCGCUUAUCACUUUUG